AUGGUCGUAAAACGUGCUGCGGACAGUGCGGAUUCACCGAUACUAGAGGAAGCCGGUGAGAGCGGUUCGGAGCAGAAGCCAAAACCGCUCGUCAAGUACGGAGAGCUUGUCAUACUCGGAUACAAUGGCUUCCUGCCGGCCGGUGAACGCGGAAGGCGCAGGAGCAAGUUCGUCUUGUACAGACGACCGCAGCCUAACGGCGUGCGCCGGUCUAAGCAUUACGUGGUGAAGACGCCGCACAGCAGCAAAGCGAUACUAGACGCCAGCCAACACUCGAUUUCCUACACUUUGAGUCGUAGCCAUGCGGUCAUCGUGGAAUACACGGAGGAUCCAGACACGGAUAUGUUUCAGAUCGGCCGAUCGUCAGAGUCGCCCAUCGACUUCGUUGUCAUGGACACCGUAGCCGGCGACAAGACAGGCGACACCAAAGUGUUGCAGAGUACGAUAUCGCGUUUCGCGUGCCGCAUCAUAGCGGACCGCAAUGACGUCAACAAUUGUCGCAUUUUCGCCGCGGGCUUCGACUCCUCCAGGAAUAUCUUUCUUGGCGAGAAGGCGACAAAAUGGUCGGAGAACCACGAGAUAGACGGCCUAACGACAAACGGCGUGCUCAUAAUGCACCCCCGGGGCGAUUUCUGUGGAGGCAGCGCCACCUGCGGGCCAUGGCGUGAGACUUCGGUCGGUGGGGCAGUGUUUUCGCUAAGGGAAAGCCGGUCUGCUCAACAGAAGGGCUUACCCUGUCAAGCGGAGACAAACGUACUAAGAGAUGGAACAAUGAUAGACUUGUGUGGCGCAACGCUGCUGUGGAGGAGCGCUGAAGGACUGAAAAACUCACCGACAAAACGUGACUUGGAAGCACUAGUUGAUGAAUUGAACGCCGGCCGACCUCAGUGUCCUGUGGGCCUCAACACACUCGUGAUCCCGAGAAAGCUGUCUUCAGCCCACCAAGAUCUGAAUCAGCCCUACGUCUAUCUCAAUUGUGGUCACGUUCAAGGCGAACACUCCUGGGGUGCGGAAGGAAGUGAAACCGGCGUGCGCCGUUGUCCAAUGUGCCUGACCGCUGGGCCAGUUGUACGUGUCUGUAUGGGAAUCGAACCCGCCUUCUACGUCGACUCUGGGCCGCCGACCUACGCUUUCAAUCCUUGCGGACACAUGGCGUCCGAGAGGACAGUCAAAUAUUGGGCAACAGUAGAUAUCCCGCACGGUACUAACGGCUUCCACGCCAUCUGUCCGACAACCUUGACUGAAUCUCUGUUACUGCUUAGAAUUCCUGUUAUCCGACUAGAGAACUACACAGAUAACAUCAGUUAA